CAGUUUAAGAUAAAUACAUUAUAACAGUAAUGUGUUUGGCUUGAUAUUAAUUGAUUCUACAGGUGUUUUUACUGCUGCAAAGCUUUGAUAUAAAAAUAAAAGGUCAUUGGCAACUUCUCAUUUUACCCUUGUGGUAACUAACUGAAUCUCACACAGUGACAGGUUGAAGGCUCCAUUUUAACAGUGUCUGCCACACUACUGCCACUACUGUGUGAAUAGUACAGUAUGCACAGUCAGUCAGGGUUAGCGUAGGAAUUGUUUGGCGUUCCACUCAAGCCACAUCUUCCAUUUGGAUGUGACGCCUCUCAAAAUGUCCUCCCUUCCAUUGUCAACCUAUCUUGUGGUUAGCCUCAAAUGCUACAUGGGCCUCUUAUUAAACUGUCUCACUAACACUAAUACUGAGAGACCAGUCGGGCAUGUUAUCAUGCCAUUUCUUAACCAAAACACAGCGCUUCCCUCUGUGUCCACAUAGACAUGCAUUAAACCAGCCGCUCAGUACUACAGUCAUAGAACUAGAAAUAGUAGUGUCACUCACCACCGCUAUGGAAACCCGCUAAGUCACCAGUGAUGAGAAAGUGAUAGCGGGGGAGACAGUCCUCAUGGUUAGGGGGUUCUGUGGGAGGAAACCCGUCUGUGAUGCUCUCUGAGUGUAGGAAAAGUAUUUGCAUACGGGUAUGUUGUGUCUCUGCGUAUGAGGUUGGUGGGCUUAAAAAGAGCUACAGUUCUGGUGAGCGUGACACAUCUGACUGCAGACCCAGUGAUACAGGCAGAAUGAAGGCCCUCCUCGCUCUCCUGCUUCUCUUCACCACCACUCUACUGAUGUCCACCACUUCUGCUCAAGCCGGUGGAUCAGUAAUCUCCUGCUGUUUGGAGAUUAAAGGCACUAUAGUGCGCCGCAACCUGAUCGAUUCCUACUACCUACAGGACACAGCCAUGUGUAACAUAAAGGCAGUGAUGUUUGUCACAGUGAAAGGCCUACGAAUCUGCUCUGACACUUCCAACCCCUGGGCACAGAAAACCAUGCAGUACCUGAACGAGAAGAACAAGUCUCACACACUGCAAAAACAUCACAUCACCUCAACUACUACUUCUACUACAACCACCACUAUCGUACAACCAGCCAACAACAAUCCUCACAAAACAACAUUGCUUCUCAAAAUUGCUUCUCAAUGGUCAACAACUCACCACAAGACGUAGAAGGACAGAAUUUUCCAGUUCCUAGUACAGCCGACUAUUGACUUUGAAUGUUUGAAUAUUUUCAAUAUGCAGCUAUUAUAACGUUUAUGUCACUUUAAUGAAUAUCUUUAUAUAUUUAUGAAUGAUUCAAUCGAAUUUACUUCCACAGUGAAUUUGAUGAUUGUGAUUGUGUGUUAACUUGCUGGCUAUUUGCCAGUAUGCCUAAACAAUGUAUAAUGUUUCUUAAUAAAAUACUAGUUUUAAAUGGCC